CCCCCUCCAGAUCUACCUCGUUCUUGACAGCCCAUUCAAAAAAGACCGUCUGGUGAUUGGCUCAAACGCGCGUCACUUUCCUACAGUGCCCACCCACUCUCAUACGUCAGUCAGACAGCAAUGGCGGCCUUCGCUGUAGCACGGAGCAGUUGUGGUCUGCUUUCUGGACUAAAAGCUUCUUUUAAAACAUUCGGACAGGUAAAACAUGGCGUGGCUGCGGCAGCCGUUGCACAGUCCCAGCUGCACCAGCAGUCGCGGCGGUGGUAUUCUGUCAGUCAUCUCUCCGUUCAGGAGAGGAUAGACCGAAAGAGGAAUGCUGCGCUGGUCGGAGGAGGUCAGAAGAGAAUUGACGCGCAACACAAAAGGGUAAAUAAUCUAUGCAUGCGCGUGUAUCUAUCUGUUUGUCUGUCUGUCUGUCUGUCUGUCUAUAUAACGUUUUGUCUGUCUUCCACAGGGGAAGCUGACAGCCAGAGAGAGAGUUGAGCUUCUGUUGGAUAAAGACUCGUUUGUGGAGUAUGACAUGUUUGUGGAACAUCGCUGCUCUGACUUCGGCAUGGAAGAGGACCACAACAAGGUAACAUGUCACAAUAGAGGUUCCUCAAUUUUAUCCAGCCUUCGGACAAAAUGGAAUAAACUGAUUAAUUUGUACGUUGAUUCAGUCCUCAUUAUAAACAUGGUUUCUCUCCCCCUCUCUCUCUCUAGUUCGCAGGGGACAGUGUGGUGACUGGACAGGGAAGGAUCAACGGAAGGCUGGUGUAUGUCUUCAGUCAGGUACACACACACACACGCACACAUCAAAGUACCGUAGUUACCAUUUAUUUUCAUGAUAAAUGUUUCUCGCUCUCUCUUAGGACUUCACCGUAUUUGGAGGCAGUCUGUCUGGGGCUCACGCACAGAAGAUCUGUAAGGUAGGAGGACAGGCUCACUCUCCAGGGCCUGGUGGCUCACACAACUCCUGCUUCUCAUUCAUUACUUCUAAUCACAUCCCUUUAUGUCUGUGUAGAUCAUGGACCAGGCCAUGAUGGUGGGUGCUCCAGUCAUUGGUCUGAACGACUCUGGCGGAGCCAGGAUCCAGGAGGGGGUGGAGUCACUGGCUGGAUAUGCCGACAUCUUCCUGGUAAGGGGGCGGGGCUUGAUUAGACUGGUUAUUGGGAUGAGGAUGACAGCAAAGAAAUGGCUUCUAAAUGUACUCUCUCUCUCCCUGUCUCACUCGCUCUGUCUCUCUCUCUCCGUGUCUCACUCUUUCUCCCUGUCUCACGCUCUCACCCGGUAUCUCUGUCUCUGUAGAGGAAUGUGAUGGCUUCAGGUGUGGUUCCUCAGAUCUCUCUGAUCAUGGGUCCCUGUGCUGGAGGAGCUGUCUACUCUCCUGCCCUGACCGACUUCACCUUUAUGGUCAAGGUAAGACACACACACAGUAUAGGAGAACUUCAGGACCCCUCCUGCAUAGAUGUACUGUACAAUUAAUACAACUAACAUGGGUUAUAUCCAGAUCUUUGAUGGCGUGUGUGUGUGUAGGACACCUCAUACCUGUUCAUCACAGGCCCUGACGUAGUGAAGUCUGUCACCAAUGAAGACGUCACUCAGGAGGAACUGGGAGGAGCUAAGACACACACAGCCGUGUCAGGCGUCGCUCACCGUGCGUUUGAGAACGACAUCGAUGCUCUGCUCAACCUCCGAAACUUCUUCAACUUCCUUCCCCUUAGCAACCAGGACCCCGCCCCCGUUACAGAGUGCCACGACCCCAGGUACCCAACCACAGAACUCCUCUCAGACAGACUAGCCAAUCACAGGACAUUUGGGAUUUUCCUGAAAUGUAAUCCAUAGAAAGGGCCUUUGGAGGAUGUUAGAUCCCCUCUCAUCCCUCUCUCUCCUCUCCUCCUCCAGUGAUAGACUGGUUCCUGGUCUGGACACCAUCGUUCCCUUUGAGACCACUAAAGCCUAUGACAUGCUGGACAUCAUCCAGGGGGUACGCCACACACACACACACACACACACACACACACACACACACACACACAGCCUGUUAUGUAUUCAUCUGUGGUUUUAACUUUAGAUUGUGGACGAGAGGGAGUUCUUUGAGAUCAUGCCCAACUACGCUAAAAACAUCGUAGUGGGAUUUGCUCGCAUGAAUGGUCGAACUGUUGGAAUCGUAGGGAAUCAACCUAAAGUAGCGUCUGGUGAGUCGAAGAAUCGGAUGGAUGGAUUAGUGAUGAUGAUGGUGCUGAUGAUGGUGAUAAUGAGUAGUGGUGGUGCUGAUGAUAUGAUGGUGGUUGUGAUGAUGAUGGUUGUUGUGGUGGUGAUGAUACUUCUCCUGUGUGUGUGUGUGUGUGUGUACAGGUUGUCUGGACAUUAACUCGUCAGUAAAGGGAGCUCGCUUCGUUCGUUUCUGCGAUGCUUUCAACAUCCCCAUCCUCACCUUCGUGGACGUGCCCGGCUUCCUGCCAGGUAGGACGCAAGUCUGACUUUCCUCAUGAAUAAUUGGCACGUCAAAAAGUAAAUGUCAUUUGACAGCUUUCACUUUAAUUGUCAAACUGUUGUACUGCGAUCAACCAGCAUUUAAAAAUCGAAACAAGUUAGAUUUUUCAAACGAGAAUUCCACCUUCCUCAUUGUUUCUCUCAGGUACGUCUCAGGAGUAUGGAGGUAUCAUCCGACACGGAGCCAAGCUACUGUUUGCCUUCGCUGAGGCUACUGUCCCCAAGAUCACCAUCAUCACUAGGAAGGCCUAUGGAGGAGCGUAUGACGUGAUGAGUUCCAAGCACCUGAGAGGAGAUGUGAACUAUGCCUGGCCGUCUGCAGAGGUGGCCGUGAUGGGAGCCAAGGUAACACACACACACCUUCUACACAAGACCAAGGUAUCACACACAUCCUUCUAGCCAUGGCAACAUUCACAAUGUCAAAAUUAAUCACUUUAAUACAUUCAUAAUAUAUGGCUGCCUCUCUAACAUGGUGUGUGUUUAAUCAGGGUGCUGUCCAGAUCAUCUUCAGAGGGAAAUCCAACCAGGCAGAGCAGGAGGCUGAAUACGUAGAGAAGUUCGCCAACCCUUUCCCUGCCGCUGUCAGAGGUACACACACAUACACACCCCAUUUAAUUCCAACAAACCUUACACACACUCCCCCAUCGUAACCGUGUGUGUUUCAGGGUUCGUGGAUGACAUCAUCGUGCCGUCGACCACCCGGAAGAGGAUCUGUAGGGACCUGGAGGUUCUGGCCUCCAAGAAACAGACCAACCCCUGGAAGAAACACGCCAACAUCCCACUCUAACACACACCCUCUCCCACCCGACCUGUCUGUCUCCAAGACCAUCACCUCCGUCUGUCUGUCAUUUCACCUAUAGCUUAGCUCAGGGCUCUCAAACCCUGUUCCUGGAGAGCUACCG